GGACAACUCCGCGUAAGUGGGAGCAGGUACCUGUCAAAUUCAGGUCCACAGUCUCUGGUCAUCCCCUGCACUGUCUGCAGUCUCUGGUCAUCUGUACUAUGUCCACAGUCUCUGGUCAUUCCCUGUACUGUGUCUGCAGUCUCUGCUCAUCUCCUGUACUGUGUCUGCAGUCUCUGGUCAUUCCCUGUACUGUGUCUGCAGUCUCUGCUCAUCUCCUGUACUGUGUCUGCAGUCUCUGGUCAUCUCCUGUACUGUGUCCGCAGGCUCUGGUCAUCUCCUGUACUGUGUCCGCAG